AAUGACACUUAUCACUUUCAUUCGUCUCGCACGGGAAUGACAGAUGUCAACUCGUUCUUUUCGCUUUUUCGUUUCCCCACACGUGGAUCAUUCGGAGUGAAUUAUGCCAGCCGCCGUGCAAAAGGUACCCCCAAAGGGCGAUGCUCCCAACAAGGAGAAAAACAAGAACAUCAUGCGUGAUUUGCGUAUCCGUAAAUUGUGCUUGAACAUCUGUGUCGGUGAAUCUGGUGACAGAUUGACUCGUGCCGCAAAGGUGUUGGAACAAUUGACUGGCCAACAACCCGUUUAUUCAAAGGCUCGUUACACCGUGCGUAGCUUCGGUAUCCGUCGUAACGAAAAGAUCGCCGUUCACUGCACAGUCCGUGGCGCCAAGGCUGAAGAGAUCUUGGAAAAGGGUCUUAAAGUCCGUGAAUACGAAUUGCGUCGUGACAACUUCUCACAAACCGGCAACUUUGGAUUCGGUAUCCAAGAACACAUCGAUUUGGGCAUCAAAUACGAUCCCUCCAUCGGUAUCUAUGGUCUCGAUUUCUACGUUGUCCUCGGGCGCCCAGGAUACAAUGUCGCCCAACGCCGAAGAAAGACAGGCAAAAUUGGAUUUGGACAUCGUCUCACAAAGGAAGACGCCAUGAAGUGGUUCCAACAGAAAUACGAUGGUAUCAUCUUGAACAGCAAGAAGUAAAUUCGGAUUUUUUCUGCAAACUCAAGAUAACAACAACAAGAGAAAAAUAAACCAAUCCAACAUCCAUAAAUUUAUAA